GAGGCUGAGAAGUGGAACUGCCGCGAGCCUGGCACUGGGAUGGCAACUGACAAAGCCUGGUUGUCCGAGGGCCCUGUCCCCAAGCUCCAGGCCCCUCCCCAGCCUGGUGCAGAGGCAGGGGCCAGCUCAGUGGCACACCCUUUCUUACUGACUGUUUGCACUUUCCUGGGACAGAAAGGUCAAGGUCGGAGGCACCCACAGAGGGACUUACAGGCAAAGACAGAGCCUGCGAGGCCUCGCACAAGCAAGAGCAAGCAUCCUCGCAGCAGCCUGUUCCAGGCAGGUGUCUCCCCUCUGCCUCUGCUCUGCCUGCGAUCGACUGGGGCUUCCCUUGCCCUAUCCAAGAACCCCGCGGCCAGCAGGCAGCAGCCACCAGCAGGAAUGGCAGUGCAGGUGCUGACAGUGGCGCUGGUUCUCCUGGCUGGAGCCUUUGCAGAGGACCACGAGAAACUGGUGCAAGGCGAGCCCUGCAACCAGCGCUCUCAUCCCUACCAAGCUGCCCUCUACAACUCGGGCCAGCUUAUCUGCGGUGGGGUCCUCAUUCACCCGGAGUGGGUCCUCACGGUUGCCCACUGCAAGAAAGAGAAGCUCCAUGUCUGCCUGGGAAAGCACUACCGUCGGGGUGCGGAGGGUACACAGAGCAUUUCUGUGGCCAAGACUGUGGUCCACCCUGGCUUCAAUCCUGCCACCCACGACCAGGACAUCAUGCUGCUGCGCCUGGCACAGCCUGCCAACAUCUCUGAACGGAUCCACGCACUGGCCCUGGAGGAAAACUGCCAGGCCAGCGCCACCAGCUGCCACAUCCUGGGCUGGGGCAAGACGGAAGAAGGUCAGUUCCCGAAUUCCCUCCAGUGUGCCCACGUCCAGAUAGUGCCUCAGGAGGCGUGUGAGCGUGCCUACCCACAUCAGAUCACCAGGAACAUGGUGUGUGCCGGUGACCCGACACACGGAGAGGAUGCCUGUGAGGGUGACUCAGGGGGCCCACUGGUGUGUGAAGGCCUCCUCCGGGGCCUUGUGUCAUGGGGUGAAGUCCCCUGCGGGUCCAAGGAGAAGCCAGGGGUCUACACUGAUGUCUGCAGAUAUGUCAACUGGAUCCGGAAAACCAUUCAAGACCACUGACUCUGACAUGCACGUCCAACUCCUGCCCUGUGACCACCUGGCUGGCUCCAGAAUCUCUCUCCCGAGACCUCAGCUUCCUGUCUCGCCUGCCCUAUCUGGCCCUUGAUGCUUCCUCAAGGAAGCCACCCGAGAAAGAGCGCCUGGUCUCCCUGGUUGUUCCCCUGCCCCACCCUCACAUCCCUGGAGUGGGGACAGGGAGGACAUAGGCGGCUGCCUGUAACCCCAGGGGUACAGGGAGAUCCCUCUUCCUGCUUGUCCCGCACGGGUCUGGUUCCUUCCCGGAGAUGUCAUUCAGCUCUGCUACGUGCCGUGUCCCCUUGGGUAAUGUCUCACUUAGUGUCGGUUUCCUUAUCUGUAAUCGGGCCGAAGCUGGUGCAUUCCUCUCCCGAGUCCGGCCAUUGGGAGGAUGAAAGGCUUCAAAACACAUGGAAUGCACCGAACAGCACCUGGCCCCACCACGCGCCCAAUAAAAUGUGGAUUUUCUCACAA